UUUAAAAAGGUCAAUUUCACUACCAUAGCUCGGGAGCAAUCUCAUUAGCAAUAGUUGUUUCUUUAUUAGGCCUGAUGGCAGAUAAAGAUACUACAGGAGAGCAUAGUUACUCAAAGCGAGCAACAGAUGAUCAAAGAAAGACAAAAGAGUCACCCCCCAGAAUUGAUACCACUCCUAAAACUACAGCAAAUAUAAUACCUCAAGCUACUCCAACCUUUCAAAUACAACCACAAUGGGGACAGGUUUAUCAGCCAAUGCAAAAUUGGCAAAUGCCAAAUUGGUAUUCUCCUUAUCAAAAGUGGACAAUGGGCCCACCUCAAAUGACUAAUUUCACUCCAACCAUGUUUCCCAAUUUGAGCUUCAAUAAUCCGAUAUCAUCAACUUCACCUUCAGCGUCUCAAGGAGCUCCACCAAUAAAUACCACACAAACAGCUACUCAAAGCACAAGUACAGCAAGCACUAAUAUGACAAAUCAACAACAUUUGAAUCCAUCAAAUAACUGGCCUAAUAUAUCCAAUGCUCCACAAGCAAUUCCUAAUAUAGGACAGAUUGGAGGUCAAAAUUUUCCACCAAAUAUCAUCCCACCACCACAAAACCCAGGUAUGUUCUGCCUAAAUGCAGUUCCAAAUGCCGACAUGAUAGGUAGCAUUAUUAACUCUUCACUUCGAGAUAAAAUAUGGUCCAAUGAAUUUGUAGAAUUGCAUAAGCUAAUCCAAGAUGAUCUUGAAAAUGAAAAUGAAGGUUUUGAGGUAACUAUAAAACAAGGAAAUCAAAUCAUCAUUCCUACCAAAAAGGGGAAAAAGUUUCUGUCAUAUCCUGAUUGGUCCAAGGCAAUGUAUACAUAUAUAAGCAUAUACAUCUUGAAAUAUCCUCAAACUGCUCCAGCAUUGAUGUCUUAUAUGGCAAACAUUCUAGAAAUGAAGAAUAGAGGUAUGAAUUGGGGGCAAUAUGACAGAUCAUUCAGACAAGCUAGAGCUAAUACCCUUGCACCUUGGGAUGUGAUUGAUGGGGCAAAAUGGUUGAAAGCAACACCUUAUUACAAAGUUAAUGUGGAUAAAUCAGACCAAGAUAAUUUAAAACGUUCAGAUCGUUCUGAUAACACAAUAGAACCAUUCAUACCCAAUGGGUUUUGUUGGAAGUUCCAUAAGGGGAAAAAAUGUGAAAAGGGAGAUUCAUGUGUGGGCCAUCAUUAUUGUCCAGCUUGUGGGGAAGGUGAGGUCCAUAGAGCAAUAAAUUGCAAUGAAGCCAAGGCUAAUCCUUUUCGAGGAAAAGGAAAAGGAAAAUUCCAAUACAGUCGAAAGCGAAAAAACUAACAUUUCAAAACUUCCAACUCCUGUCAAAUUGCAAACAUUAUUAGAAUGGUUAUCAGGUUAUGAUGAAAAAUUAGUGGAAGAAAUCAAGUUAGGUUUUUCUGAAGGAUUUAAAAUUCCCUUUCAUGGAUCAGAAUUGAAUAGGAAAGAUACUAAUCAAAAUAUCAAGCAUUUAGAUACAGUGUUAAAUAAAGUUCAAAAGGAAAUCAAUUUAGGAAGAGUAGAGGGACCUUUUAAAAAAUGUCCAAUUGAUGGAAUGGUAAUAUCUCCAAUUUUUACAAUACCUAAGAAAAACUCAUCAGAACAACGAAUGAUUCAUAAUCUAUCAGCACCAAAAGGUAAAUCUGUAAAUGAAGGUAUAAAUCAUGAAGAUGCAACAGUUCAAUAUGGUACUGUAGAUGAAACGAUUAAGAAAAUAAAAUCAUUAGGAAAAAAUGCAUAUCUUGCAAAAACAGACGUUAAGUCAGCUUUUAGAAUUUUACCGAUGCAUCCUUCAAAUUACUUCAUGUUAGGUUUUAAAGUCGAUGAGAAUUACUAUUAUGAUAAAACUUUACCUAUGGGAUUGUCAGUCUCUUGUAAAUAUUUUGAAUUACUAAGCACAGCAAUGCAAUGGAUAGGAGAAAAUAAAUUGAACAUAACACACAUGGUUCACAUAUUAGAUGAUUUUAUAAUAAUUGAAAACACUGAAGAACAGUGUAAAAAGUCUCUUGAGAAAUUCCUCAAUAUGUGUGAACAAAUAGGAGUUCCUAUGUCACCAGAGAAAACAGAAGGUCCCCUGCAAGUCAUAACCUUUGCAGGUAUAGAAUUAGAUACUGUACAUAUGGAAGCAAGAUUGCCAAAAGAGAAAUUAGACAAAGCUAAACACUUAAUUGAUGAAAUGUAUAAUAAAAAGAAAAUGACAAAA